AUUUGUUGUUAAAAUAUGUCACAGACGAAGAAUGCCCACAAAUUAUCCAAUAAAAGCAGGACAGACUUACAGGCAGCUGAAAAAAAUGAUGAAGGAGAAAUAACAAGCUGUAACGUUACUGAGAGCCGAACUUACGCUGUUACAGUAAGUAAGAAGCCUUCCGCUUUGGGGGAGGAGGAAGAGGCAGCCUUGUGUUCGGGGCAGAAGUCCUUCAUUAGCAUACAUUCAACGGAUCACUUGUGUCAAGUUGAAGAACCACCUAACUCGACCGUUCUCGAGGAGUGUAACGUGGAAGUCCUCAGCUUGAACGAGGUCUUCCCCUCCACUUCCGAGGAGAGCCUCUCGAAUGAGGAUGAAUCACCGAUUCAGAAGAAACAUAAGAGUUUCAAGAAAAAAACAAUGCCUAAGACUCAAUCCGAAAGCGCUGGUAAAUCUACCUACCAACCAACAAACAGCAAAUCUUCAACCAUGUCAGGGAGACCAAAAGAGACCGUAGACGGGCAGCCUUCAGUGUACUCUGAUUUUGAUAUACCAAAAAGCACUCUUUAUGUGAUCGGAAGCAACCCGGGGGAGCCCAAGAUGUCAUAUCCAGACCCACCUAAAAAGAUUUCCAAAACUAUGAAAAAGUUCCUGCGAAAUAUAGACAAGCAUAAGAACGAGCAUAACAGUAAAAGCAGCGAGAAGGCGCUAAGUAAACUAACUACCAUGAGAGGCAUUCUGAAGGAUGGUCGGUGCGGGCCCGAGUGCACAGGUGACUCUUCAGUACAAGGCGCUGAGGAGGUCAACCCACAACAUUUGACGCUACCCUUCCCGAUGGAGUUUGGACCUCAAACUAACUACUCGAAGCAAGCAGACAAGAAUGUAACAUUCAACACACAGGUGGUGAUAAUCCAUUUCACUGGCGACCGCUGUGUAGGACAGAGUGUAGAGACUCUCAGCAAGGAAAAGGACCAGCAGGCCCGCAAUUCUGAACUAAGAAAAACUUUCCUCACGAAGUACAACGAAUUUUGGCCCACUCAGAAAUAAGUACCAUAAGUCUAGAUAUAAAUGGCGUCCUUAGUGAUAUACGUGCCUCUCCACCAGAAUUAGUUUCGCUUCGAAACUUGGACAUAUACAAUAACAAUAGAUACAAUAGAUAAUUUAUUUUAAAUGUCUAAUUUAUUUUUUUACAACUAUUUUGUACGUUAAAUUAUGAUAUGUCGCGUUUUGUCUAGCGUUUAUAUUUUGAAGAUCGAAUACGAUAUUUUGGAAAGUUGUAUAUUUCAAAAUAUCGAGUGUAGAAAUUUAAAUACAUAGUACAUCUCUUCUAU